CCUCCCAUUAGCGGCGCUGUCUUCAUGUGCUUAGCUCUUGCCGCACACGCCAGUCGAAAUAACUACAUUAUAACGAUCUAGUGGCCUUUUUUCUCAUCCAUUUCACGUCCAUUUUGUCUGCAACAUGUCGGCCCCCAAGAAAGGAGACCUGUCCCCGAGUGAAAAGGAACUGUUCGAGGUGAUCACAGGAGGAAACGUCCAGGAGGCGUCACGACUGUUGGGAUGCAAAGAUGUGCGAGUGAACUGUCUGGAUGAGUAUGGGAUGACUCCUCUGAUGCACGCUGCUUACAAAGGGAAAGCCGAUAUGUGCAAACUCCUGCUUCAACACGGAGCUGAUGUGAACUGCAAUCAGCACGAGCACGGAUACACGGCACUCAUGUUCGCAGGCCUGUCAGGAAAGACUGAUAUCACCGCCAUGAUGCUGGACGCUGGAGCAGAAACAGACGUGGUCAACUCUGUGGGUAGAACAGCCGCGCAGAUGGCAGCUUUUGUAGGUCAGCAUGACUGUGUGACGGUGAUCAACAACUUCUUCUCCAGAGCCAGACUGGAUUAUUACACCAGGGCCCAGGGGCUGGAGAAGGAGCCCAAACUGCCCCCGAAACUGGCCGGCCCCCUGCACAAGGUCAUCAUGAGCACCAACCUCAACCCGGUCAAGAUGGUGCUGCUGGUGAAGGAGAAUCCCCUGCUGGCCGAGGCUGAGGCUCUGGAUAAGUGCCGGAGGGUGAUGGAGCUGAUUUGUGAGAAGUGCAUCAAACAGCAGGACAUGAACGAGGUGCUGGCCAUGAAGAUGCACUACAUCAGCUGUGUGCUCCACAAGUGCUCCGCCUUCCUCCGGGACCGAGAGGACAAGCUGGACGGACUCAUCAAGUGUUUGCUGAAGGGCAGAGACACAGAUGGAUUCCCGGUUUUCCAGGAGAAGUUUAUCCGAGAAUCCAUUCGGAAGUUCCCUUAUUGUGAAGCCACUCUCCUGCAGCAGCUUGUCCGCAGCAUCGCCCCUGUGGAGAUCGGUAAUGACCCCACGGCCCUGUCAGUGCUGACCCAGGCCAUCACAGGACAGGUGGGCUUCAUGGACACUGAGUUUUGUACCUCGUGUGGAGAGAAGGGCGCAGAGAAGAGGUGCUCCAUCUGUAAAAUGGUGAUCUACUGCAACCAGACGUGUCAGAAGCUGCACUGGUUCACACAUAAGAAAGUGUGUAAAAAGCUCCAGGAGCAGAGGGAAAAGCAUGAGGCCGAGGCAGCCAAACUCAGACAGCAGCAGAACAAAGAAAAUGCCAAUGCGGUUCAGGAGGCCACAGAGUCUAUGGAGGAUCUGUCUGUGAAAAACAACGAAGGAGCAACAGAAAAUGAAAACGCAAACUGUGUGCCCAUCGCUGCUGCGGACAACUGAAACACCCCAUCAUAAACACUCAAACCUAAUAGAAUAACAUCAUGGAGUCCAAACUAUAUUUAUUUACUUCUGUCACCGUGGAAACCGAGGAUGUGCCACUGAGACGAGAUGUGUUAUUUUAUAUAUUGCGUAUUGUUCUGAAUGUUUGUGGGCUGAUGCACUGCAGAAAAGUGAAUUAUGACUUGAAUUAAGGAUUUUAAUUUCAUUGAGUUGGUUGGGAUUGCUGUUUUGUUUGGUUCUGGUCAUAGACUGUAAAAACAAGUGGACUAAAGGAGUGUGACGUCACCUGUAGCAUUCAGCUUCAGUCAAAUGAAGCUCACCGAGGCUGGCAGCUAUAGGAGCGAAUUUGGAGUUUGGUUAUGUCCAUUUAGUCUAUGGUUCUGAUCAGUUAUUGCUUUUCUUGAAAUGUUCCACUGUACGGCAUUUACCAUGCACAUUACCAAGACAAAUAUGUGGGGGCACUAUGGGAAGUUACUAGACUACUACUAGACUCACGUCUGUGGAAAGGCGACCACUCAUAGUAGGACUGCAUGUCCAACUGAAUGAAUGCAGUACUGAUUAAUUCCGUACUGUGGAACAUUCCAGGUGAAGAAUAGUUUUUCAUAGACUAUUCUUAUUCUAUUUAUACCUUAAUGAACACAUAUUAUGAAAAUCAACUGAGCACUUAAAAAUGCUCUGUUUUCAUUUUGCCUGGAUUGUUGCGUCACAUGUAAAAUUUAGUCUUUUGCGGUUUUUAAGUCCAUAAACUGUCACCGGACUUCAUCUACAGUUAGUGUGUUUACAACCAACACAUGGCUCUAUUAGCAUUCAAGGACUUCAACUGCUUAAAUGUUAGUUCCUGUUUCAGACACCAGAGGGAGCCAUAGAAAAGGAGAAAAAGGAGAUUUUUAUGAAGUACCGUAUUUUUUGGACUAAAAGGCGCUCCGGAGUAUAAGUCGCACUUUUUGGGGAAAAUUUAUUUUAUAAAAUCAGAGACCAGAAACCGACAUUUCAUGUUAAAAGUCAAGUUCUAGUAAUAACAAUAGAAGAGAGAACAACAGACUGUUAACGUCACAUUUGAACAGUUCUUCAAAUAACUGUAGUAUAAACAACAGAACAAGUUUACCAAACUCUCCAUCAAAAAACCAAAUCACUAAAUCACUUGAAUUCUUAAAGGUUAAACGGAGUGCCACUUUCUCUUCUGCGUCACUGUCGUCAGACUCUGCAUCAGUUCGGCCUUUCUGAAUCCCGACAGGAUGGUUUCAGUUGUCUUUAUGUUUGUUUAAAUUUUAAAUUGUCAGUGAUACAGAAGUAAUGGUGGGAUUGACUGACAGGAUACAGACAGUGGCUCUUUCUCUUUCUUCUGCAGCCAACAUGUGCAGUAGAGCCAAGUGACAGUGGUACAGGAAUACACAAGCCUAGAACAACCUCUUGUGGCUGUCAGUGUGAACAUUUUAACAUAUAAGUCACACUGGAAUAUAAAUUGCAAGAAACACCCAAACAAUGAAAAAAAGUGCAACUUAAAGUCCGAAAAACAUGGUAAAUAUAGACAUUAAGUUAGAAAAUGUGAAAUACUUCUUAACUUAAAAGGGAGUUCAAGCAUAAUAUGUGUUUUUAAAGGGUCUAUAUUAUGCCUUUUUUCUGUAUGUCUGUGUAAUAACGUUGUUUCCUCAUCAACAUCCCUGGAGUUGUUUUGUUUCAUUCACACAUGUUAACCCGGCAUAUUUAGGAGCUCUUCUCUCAAACAAAAAAUACUCACUUCUACUAUGUGAUAUCAGGUGGUAAUAUUGAUGAGGACACCUUCACUAGAAUUAUUUGGAUGAAUUAUGGGUAAAAAGUAGAUGUUAACUUUAAAACUACUACAAGGACAGAGCAUUUUGAGUGUUGUAGAAGCAGGACUAAAGGUUACUGAAACGUAUGAAUGAAACAAAACACAACGUUCUUGACGACGUAACAACAUUCUAACAUGGCUUAAAGCUCACAAGAACCCAUUUUGUGUAAUAUAGGACCAACAAACAAGUCAUUUUAACUCUGUAGAAAUCUAAGUUCUGCCAUGUGCUCAUUCUGCCUUAAGAGUCUGUAGCAAAAUGUGUGGAAAUAACCAAAAACAGCCUUUGUAUGUGUGUUUGUUGUGGAUUGAAGAUGGAGCCGGAUAGCAAAGACCAAAAGAGAAUAUUUUGAUUAUGAAUAGAAUUAUUGCUAAUGCUCAGGAUCUGAUUAUUUAACUAGACACAGUGUAAUAUGUAUAGUAGUAAUAAUAAUAGCUCGUGGUAGGAAGGGGAACAGCACAAUACCAUCUUGUCCUCGAAUAUCAUGGCCUUAAGGUUUAACAAUAAAAUAAACAUUCUC